CCUGUCUGUCUCUUUUCUAGAUGACUCGUCCAAUCCAGGUGAAGCCUGCCGACAGUGAGAGUCGUGGAGAAGACAGGAAGUUGUUUGUGGGAAUGCUCAACAAGCAGCAGUCGGAGGAGGAUGUGUAUCACCUGUUUGAGCCGUACGGAGUCAUUGAGGAGUGCACCGUCCUCAGGGGUCCUGAUGGAAACAGCAAAGGCUGUGCCUUUGUAAAGUUCUCUACACAUGCAGAAGCCCAGUCUGCAAUCAGUGCUCUGCACGGCAGCCAGACCUCACCAGGCUCCUCGUCCAGCUUGGUGGUGAAGUUUGCCGACACGGACAAGGAGCGCACCGUCCGGCGCAUGCAGCAGAUCGUUGGACAGUUUGGGAUCUUCAACCCUGCUGUUGCCCUGCCCUUCACCUCCUAUAGCAGCUACGCACAUGCGCUGAUGCAGCAGCAGACAGCCGUCAUGACAGGGGGGCAGGGGGGGCAUCUGGCCCCCUGCAUCUCCUUCCCCACCACCCAGCUCCACCACAUGGGGGCGCUCAGCCUCAACGGACUCCAGCACACGUCUCUGGGGGCGGCUGCAGACUUCCACCAGGCCCUGGGCCUCAGCUCUCCUCCAGCCAGUCUCUCUAGCUCUGGUCCCAGCCUGGUGAGUCCCCUGGUGAACGGCUUCGCCCCCCUGGCCGGCCUGCCCACUGCCCCCCCCUCCCUGGAGCCUUUGUACACCAAUGGCCUCCCCCCGUACUCCACCCACAGCCCCGCCCCUGACAGCCUGCAGCCGGCCUACACCGGGGUGCAGCAGUACACAGCGAUCUACCCCUCCCCCAGCCUCCCCCCUCAGGCACUGCAGCACCAGCAGAGAGAAGGUGAGGGACCAGAGGGUUGUAACCUCUUCAUCUACCACCUGCCUCAGGAGUUCGGGGACAGCGAGCUCCUGCAGAUGUUUCUCCCUUUCGGCAGCAUCAUCUCCUCCAAGGUGUUCAUGGACCGCGCCACCAACCAGAGCAAGUGCUUCGGGUUUGUUAGUUUCGACAACCCAUCCAGCGCCCAGGCUGCCAUCCAGGCCAUGAACGGCUUCCAGAUCGGUAUGAAGAGAUUGAAGGUGCAGCUCAAGAGGCCCAAGGAUGCCAGCAGGCCGUACUGACCAGGUCUGUAAUUGGCUGGUCUCUCUUAGGGGGAGGAUAUCUCACAGGAGUUCAGCUUUUUAUUUCUUUUGAAAAAGAAAAUAUGUUUGAAGAAAACAAAAACAUCAAUACAAAAAGUAUUUCCGAAGACAUAUCAGCAUUUACUUAUGAAGACGCGGGUUAUCUUGGCGACAGAUGGAGCAACGGGGUGGUUGCCACGACAACGUACACGCAGAUGACGCAGCAAGAGGCAGGUCAAGAUGAGAACAGCGUUAGGGUCAGCCCUGACAGAACAGCGUUAGGGUCAGCCCUGACAGAACAGUUAGGGUCAGCCCUGACAGAACAGCGUUAGGGUCAGCCCUGACAGAACUGUUAGGGUCAGCCCUGACAGAAC